UUUCACUCUUAUUCAAGGUGAAGUCAAAUUUUGAAUAUCUUGUCAAUGAACAGCAACGGUAUGAGUUCUGAUGGCCCAAAAAGAAAAGUAGCAUUGAUCACCGGAAUAACAGGACAGGAUGGUUCUUAUUUGGCCGAGUUCUUAUUGUCAAUGAAUUAUAUAGUUCAUGGAAUUAUAAGAAGAUCAAGCACGUUUAAUACUGGUAGGGUAAACCAUAUUUACGAAAAGAACAAGUUAUUUUCCGAAAAAACGUUUUUUCUUCACUAUGGUGAUAUGACUGAUAGUUCUUCAUUGAUCAAAAUAAUCAGUAAAGUAAUGCCUGAUGAAAUAUACAAUUUGGCCGCUCAGUCCCAUGUGAAGGUCUCUUUCGACCUUAGUGAGUAUACUGGUGAAGUUGUUGCUCUUGGUACUUUACGUUUGCUGGAUGCUAUUAGGACAUGUAAAUUAGAAAAAUCAGUCAAGUUUUAUCAGGCUUCCAGCAGUGAACUGUAUGGGAAAGUCGUGGAAACGCCACAAAGUGAGAAAACACCUUUUCACCCGAGGUCACCGUACAGCGUUGCCAAACUGUACGCAUAUUGGAUUGUGGUAAAUUAUCGGGAGUCUUAUGGAAUGUUUGCAUGCAAUGGAAUUCUAUUCAAUCAUGAAAGCCCCCGGCGAGGAGAAACGUUCGUUACUCGAAAAAUUACACGUGCAGUUGUACGAAUUAAAAAGGGUCUACAGAGUGUUUUGGAAUUAGGUAAUUUAAAUUCUGAGCGUGAUUGGGGAUUCGCUGGUGAUUAUGUUAAGGCUAUGUGGCUUAUGCUUCAACGUGAUACACCGGAGGAUUUCGUUAUUGCAUCUGGGGAAAAGCAUUCUGUUCGUGAAUUUACCAAUUUGGCUUUUGAACAUGUUGGAAUCCAUUUAACAUGGAAAGGAACCGGUCUUAAUGAAGUUGGUGUUGAUUCAGAAUCAGGAAAUGUACUUGUUCGUGUCAAUGAACGUUACUUCCGUCCUGCAGAAGUAGUAAGUAUAGUAUUUCACAGGUGUCAGUUUAUUGCUUCUGUUUAGCUCAUUUAUUAUUGCAUAUUAAAUUUCUGUCUAUUUCUACAUUAGUUCAUUAUCUACAUAUUUGCAAAUCGCCAUUCAGUAGAUUAAAUAAUAAAAUGAAUAGUGAUUUCGAUGUCUGUUCUGUGCAUUGGACUAAAGGACUCACUUAUUUCCAUAUACAAUAUCUUCGAAAUAAACAGUUUUCUCUUUUUUUUAUUAUAUUCCAAAAAAACACAAGCUGACAAAUACCUCAGUGUGACUUUGCAGUUAUUUAAUAAGGAUAUGUCAAAUUAGUAAAACUGGCAUUAAUCCACAUGCAUUCAGAGUAAUUGUUUGUUAAUGCGGUAAGUACUGAAGAGUGAUCAACAAAUAUUGCAGUUUACGUUCCUGUUCGACUGAACACAUUGCCUAUGAACAGUAACCAGACUUAUUCUGAUUUAAUUGAUCUGUGUCUCUGAACAUUCAGAGCACAAUAUAGCUUUCUGAAGGAGUUACAUCAAUGUCAGAUACCUAGCUUCUGCGUUAAAAUAAAACAAAAGAGGGGAAUUCAGCAAUCAUUCUUUACUGAUGAAGUCAGUGAAUUACUUCGAUCAGACUCACCUACUAAGACUAUAUGUAGAAAAAUACUCAUUCAUAAACUCAGUAAGUAGUUGAAGUGACUUUAAAGAGCGGUUCAUCCGGACUUGGAUUACUUUAAGGAAAGAUACUAUUCACUCAAAUACUGUCAGCAAAACAUGUACGAAGUUUGAUUUUUUGUAGAGAAAACACUUCUUAGACGAAUGUCCUAGUUAUAAUGCACUCAUUAGUAAGUUUUUUCACAGGAUCUUUUAUUAGGGGAUUGCACU